AUGCCUGUACUCAGCCUGAUGCCUGCCAGUUGACUCGAUGCCCGCUGUUGAUCCCCAGAUGAUCCGGUACCUGAUCCGGUGCCCGCUAUCGUGCCAAUUGACUCAGAGCUGAUGCUGUCAUACCUGUUGACUCGGAGCCCUCACUGCCUUGCCAGAUGACGUGAUGCCCGCUGUCGAGCCAAAUGACCUGAUGUCUGGUGACCCGAUGCCCGCUGUCCGGCCAGACGAUUCAAUGUUGAUCCCAGUGCCCGCGGUCAUGCCAGUUGACUCGGAGCCCACUGCCUUGCCAGAUGACGCAGUGCUCGCUGUCGAGCCAAAUGACUUGAUGCCUGGUGACCCGAUGCCCGCUGUUCAGUCAGACGAUCCAAUGUCUGACCCAGUGCCCGCGUCAUACCAGUUGACUCGGAGCCCACUGCCUUGCCAGAUGACGCGGUGCCCGCUGUCGAGCCAAAUGACCUGAUGCCUGGUGACCCGAUGCCCGCUGUCCAGCCAGACGAUCCAAUGUCCUGACCCAGUGCCAGCGG